AUGAACUGGAAAUCCCCGAGCUCAAGCACUAGCGGCUCCUCUAGCUGUGACGGUGAUGGCAGCUACUACUGUGGUGAGUUGACCAAAGGAGGCAGUUUCCUGGAUCAACUGCUGGCGAUCCUGUACCGCACCUACCGUCAGACGCUGCGCACCAAGGCGAUUCUGUUUAUGGAGAUGUUUCUGCCGCUCAUGUUCAUCGUCAUUACGCUGAUUUUGUGGGCUGUAUGGCUGCCGUUCCAAGGCCAUUCGAGGCAGUUUAUUGACUACAUGCCCUCCGUGUCUUCUUCUGCCCUGCUGCACAAACAACUCGCCUGCUUCAACAGUACGGAGGGGGGGCCGAUUCCUGGACUGUGCGACUGUUCGUGGCUGACAAUGCUCAGCAAUAGUACGGUCUUGUGCGAUGGCAACUACGACACGAUCCCGUAUAAAAACCUCUGCUACGUCGACCUCCCCUUUGAUUUCAGCCACACAAAAGUCAACGGCUACCCCGUUGGAAACAUUACAGGGGCGAGUAAGCUUGUGCAGGUGUGGAUCAACUCCUACAACACUACCUUGUUUGUGAUCCCGACGCUUGAUGAGGUGAUCAUUUUCCACUGGCUGGCUCGGAUCGGAAGGUCAACAACCAAGGCCAAUGGCAACCUCCUCUCCGCUAGCAUCGCAGCUGGCUUGAUGCCCAACUCGAAGCAGUCGUCUGUUUUGUGCUCUGGUGCCCUGUACUUCGUUGGCAACGCUGCGCAGGUGAACCCGCUGCUUGAUUACUUCCGACAGAUGUCAGUUCUCUUCGACGAGGUCUACGGUGGCAUCUACGCUACAGCAGCAGAGGCUGAGGCCACUGUACGCGCGACAGAAUGGAAUUGGGCCAUUAUCGAGCUCAACGGCUUCGACGCUAACGCGUUCGAUGUGAGCAUCCGCAUGAACUCGACCGCACUACCGACGUUUGACGCUCCGUACGACAAGAGCUACGGCGGCGGUUUCUACAGCAGUCGCGCCGACCUCUAUGCUGUCGCCGGGUUUCUGUCCCUUCAGCAGAUCAUCACGGAGUACUACCUGAAACUGGUCGUAGGGAAUGCUACCAUCGGCCCAGACUUACCGGUUGAUCACUACUUAGCCGUCGCUGGCUACCCCUCCUUCAUUACGCAGCCCCUCCUCACCACUGCCAGCAUAUUGCUACCGCUCAUCUUUGUCAUGGCGUAUCUCUACCCCGUCUCGCAGUUCACCAAGCGUAUUGUGCUAGAGAAGGAGCUGCGUAUUCGCGAGGCCAUGCAGAUCAUGGGGCUCGGCAACACCCCGAUCUAUAUUUCAUGGUACAUCGCCUUCUUCUUGCCAAAUUUCCUAGUCACAAUCGUCAGCCUCAUCGUGAUUCGGCUGACGUACAUCACGAUUACGAACAGCCUCAUCCUGUUCCUCGUGUACUACCUCUACCUCAUCACCUGCGUGCCCCUGGCCGGGUUCUUCUCUGCCUUCUUUAGCAAAGCCCGCCUCGCCUCUUUGCUGACGCCGCUCAUUUACUUCGUGUUUGCCAUGCCGGCGUUCGCGAUCCAGAGCGCCAAUACAGCCAUCAUAGCCGUCUUCUGCAUCUUCCCUCCCACGGCAUACGCCGUUACGAUGCUCGGUAUUAUCAAUCACGAGAUAGCUGGCGGCUUUUCGAACGCCAGCUGGCACGACGCUCUCGAUAUACCGCCGGUCUAUCUGGCCAUCACAAUGAUGGCGGUGGACUUCCUCUUCUUCAAUCUGCUGAUGCUGUACCUCGACAACGUCAUGCCGAAGGAGUGGGGCACGCCAAGACACCCGCUCUUCUUCAUCAUGGACCCGGUGCGGUGGUGCUUCAACUCCAAGCCCCAGCGCCUCGAGGGCGGCGCCGACGGCCGCGCCGAGAACGGCGUGUUCGAGGACGCUGACGACUCAGAGGCUGCGGUGCAGAUUGUUGGGCUGCGCAAGGAGUACUUGCGCGGCGGCAGGACGUUCGUUGCGGUGAACAACCUGUACUGGGGGAUGCGCGAGGGCGAGAUCUCGGUGCUGCUGGGGCACAACGGCGCCGGCAAGACGACGGUGCUGAACAUGAUGACGGGGAUGGCGGAGCCAGACGCGGGCGACUGCUACAUCUACGGCAGCUCUGUCCGCACUCAGCUGCACCGAGUACGGCAGCAGAUCGGCUACUGCCCGCAGCACAACAUCCUGUGGCCGGAGCUGACGUGCCGCGACCACCUGGAGUUCUUUGGGCGGAUCAAGGGGCUGCGCGGGUGGGAGCUGGAGAAUGCUGUCUGUCGGAUGCUGUACGAGACAGAUCUGCUGGACAAGAUGGACCAGCCCGCGAAGAGCCUGUCGGGCGGGCAGAAGCGUAAACUGUCCGUCUCCAUCGCCUUCGUGACCUGCAGUCGACUGAUCUUCUUGGAUGAGCCGACAGCAGGCAUGGACGUUGGUGCGCGCCGAUACACGUGGGAGCUGCUGCGCCGCAUGUCAGAGGCGCACACCAUCAUGCUGACGACGCACUACAUGGACGAGGCAGAUCUGCUGGGUCACAAAAUCGGGAUCAUGAGCCAGGGCUGUCUCAAGUGCUCCGGCAGCAGCCUGUUUCUCAAGAGCCGUCUCGGCCUUGGGUACAGCAUUACGAUGUCCCUCCGCGACGAUGCUUCUUUGGACCGAAUCGCAAAGCUGGUGAAGUCCUCAGUGGGCGGCGCGCACGAGCUUGGAGGGAGCGGGUGUGAGGUGAUGUAUCGACUGCCUAACGAGUGCGUCGAACAGUUUCCGGCGUUUCUGGAUCGUCUGGAGGCCCUGCAGGACAACAUCGGUGUUCGUGGCUACUCGCUGUCGGCGACGACGCUGGAGGAGAUAUUUCUUCGCUUGUCGAACGAGGACAUGGAACGGCUACGCAGGGACGACCCUCUUCUGCAAAUGCCUCCGGAGGUCAUCGCUGCUCAGGAGGACCUCAUCUGGAACUGCGAGGUCGUAGAGGGACGACGGGCGAUGUUAUGGUCGCAGUUCAAGGCGAUGAUGACGAAGCGCUUGUGGAAUGGCAUGCGGGACCGCAAGAUGCAAUUUUUCCAGAUAGUGUGCCCGGUGAUUUGCGUUCUUACGGCGAUGCUGCUCUCGCUCAUCUCACUCAGUGGCCUUGACGCCAUCACGCUGAACAAGGAGAUCUACCCCGGAGAGGUGGUGGUGGAGAUGAACGGCUGUGAGGAGCUGCUAGGCCCCAACGCUUCCUUUGACAACUUUACCGUGCGGCACCAACACUACAUGAAUGCGAGGAACGUGUCUGUUUAUAUGGUGGACACAUUUUUAUCUCAGCCCACGCUGCGCGUGGAGGGGCUCGUGUGCCGCGAUCCGGAUUGGGCAAACGUGGUGAAGGUGCAGAACAAUGUGAUACACAUAUUGAACUCAUCCACCUAUCACCAGGGGCCGAUCUCCGUAAACUCCGUGUACCAGGCACUCUACAAGAAGUACACGGGCAAAGGUGCGCGCUUUAAGCUGGUCGCUGGCACAAUGCCGCGGACCAAGAACGAGAAGGUGACGCAGGACGCGCUCAAGACAAUUCUCAUGGGCGCCAUUAUCAUGAUUCCGUUCACGUUUCUGCCGUCGAACGUGGUGGCGUGGGUGGUGAAGGAGCGGGAGUGCAAAGCACGGCACUUGCAGAAUGUCUCAGGGCUGAGCUUCUACAUCUACUGGCUCACGAAUUUUCUCUUUGAUAUCGUCGCCUACAUCAUCUCCAUGUGUCUCAUCCUCAUCAUCUUCGCGUGCUUCAGCCGCGAUGAGUACGUGGCCAACGAUCGUAUCGGCGCUGUGUUCGUAUUGUUCUUCAUGUACGGUCUCUCGAGCACCACCACGGGGUACAUGUGCAGCUUCUUCUUCGACGAACACUCCAACGCUCAAACGAUUGUGAUGGCGGUCAGCUUUGUCGCCGGUUUUCUUCUCGUCAUGAUAGUGUACAUCAUGUCUCUCCUCACACCGACCAUGAGGGUAGCCAAGACUGUCAAGUGGAUCACGCGCGCCGUGCCGAGCUUUGCCAUUGGUGAGGGUAUCAUCAACAUGGCGAUGCUGAAGCAGCAGCAGACGGCCCUCGAAGAUUUGACGGCGUGGUCGAUGGACACGAUCGGGUGGGCGUGUGUGUACAUGGCAGUCGAGUUUCCGGUUUUCUUCGCAAUCACCCUCUUCAUUGACCACCCUCGACGGCGCAUGUGGGGUCAGCGUAAUAGCUACGAUGUCGACGCCGCGCCACAGAUGGUGUCGGAAGAGGACUCCGAUGUGGAAGAGGUGCGUGAGGAGGUGUACCAGCAGGAGGCGGAGGGUGUCAACGAUGACAUGGUGCGCGUGGUGGACCUGCGAAAGGUAUACGCCAACGGCAAAGUGGCGGUGCGCAACGUGACGUUUUCGGUGGUCCCCGGUGAGGUGUUUGGCUUUCUCGGCACGAAUGGUGCCGGCAAGACGACGACGAUCUCGAUGCUGUGCCAGGAGUUCAUACCGACGAGCGGCAGCGCGUACGUGUGCGGGUACGACAUUGUCAGUGAGAGCGAGCAGGCACUCCAGUGCAUCGGGUACUGCCCGCAGUUCGACGCGACGCUGGACCUGCUGACGGUGGAGGAGCACCUGCGCCUAUACGCUGGCGUUCGAGGUAUUCGUUACGAAGACCGCGAUGGCGUCGUCGAUGCCUUGCUGCGCAUGUGCGAACUUUCCACGUAUCGCCACACACUGUCCUCGGAGCUUUCGGGCGGCAACCGGCGCAAGCUGUCUGUGGCCAUAUCCCUCAUUGGUGGCCCAAGCGUAGUCUUUCUCGAUGAGCCGUCGGCCGGCAUGGACCCCGUGGCGCGGCGCGGGUUGUGGAACACAAUCGAGAAGGUAGCGGACAACAGCUCCAUUGUGCUGACGACGCACCACCUGGAGGAGGUGGAGGCGCUUGCGCAUCGCGUGGCAAUCAUGGUGGACGGCACUCUGCGGUGCCUUGGCGACAAGACGCACCUCAAGAAGAAGUUCGGCACGGGCUUUGAGAUGAGCAUCCGUGUGCAUUCAGAUGACGACAUGUCUGAUGUGCAUGUAUGGGUGAAAGAAAUGUUCCCCGGGGCGACAAUGAAUGAGUGGAAGGGCCAGAGGUUUGUCUACACGUUGCCGUCCAACGUCGCCCUCUCGCAAGUAUUCCGCCUGCUGCAGCAGAACAAGGAGAGGCUCAACAUGACGGACUACAGCGUGUCGCAGACCUCGAUCGAGCAGGUCUUCCUGAGGAUCAGCGGAGAGCUGGAGGAGGCGACAGCGUUUCGUUUCACGCUGGAGGACACCCUCGCGCUGAGAGGCAAGAAGCGCUCUUAG